GAAAGGCUGCGCUUUGGGCACGUGUGUUGCUUCCUCUGGCUCCGGCGCCUUUCCCCGUCCGGUGGGUCUUAUAUGUGGUAUAAGGCGUAAGGAUGAAGGCGAGAAGAAAUAAAAAGCAGGUCCCAAGCUUUCGAAAGUUGAUAAAAACUAGUAAAGUGAAACUUGAAAACAAACUAAAAAAUAAGCAAUUUAAACAACAAAGUACUAUCAAGAAGUACCGAAAAGAGCAGAGGAAACUAAGGCAAGCUGUAAAAGAUGCUGUGUCUAAAAAACCCUUCCCAUUGGAGGACCCAAAGAGCAAACGACCAGUUAAAGGGAUGGAGAGGGAAGAGGAGGACGAGGAAGACCAAGCCCUUCCGUUAGAUAUGAUGGAUGACGAUGACUUACAGCUGAUGAAAGAUUUGGGACAAAAAGCAUCUUUUCUCACAAGAGAUCUUUCUUCUAGUGAGCCAGUUCAUAUCAAGAAACGAAAGCAUGAGAGUGUGAUAGAUAAAUAUGAAAAAAUGCCAAGAACCCUGCAAACUGCACCAGAGAAGGAGUUGAUUCAUUUGCUGCCCAUCAAGGAUAAAAGUGGGAUAAUCCCACAGACGAGGGAGAAGCCAGUCACGGACAUCCAGCAAGAAGAAGAGGAUGAAGAAGAGCUGGAAGUUGAGGAAGAGGUCGUUGAGAACCCCAUUCAAGAGCUCACCAUAGAAGAACAUUUAAUUGUGAGAAAGAAGAAACUACAGGAAAAGAAAAUACAGAUUGCAACCUUGGCAUCUUCCAUACUAUCAGAUCCGGAAAGCAAUAUUAAAAAACUGAAAGAGUUGCGUUCCAUGCUAAUGGAGCAGGACCCUGAUGUGGCUGUCACUGUUCGGAAGUUGGUGAUAAUUUCACUGAUGGAGCUAUUUAAGGACAUCACUCCCUCAUAUAAAAUCCGGCCUCUAACUGAAGCAGAAAAAUCUACCAAGAUUCGUAAAGAAACCCAGAAGUUAAGAGAAUUUGAAGAAGGCCUGGUUAGCCAAUACAAAUUUUAUUUGGAAAAUCUGGAGCAAAUAGUUAAAGACUGGAAGCAAAGGAAGUUGAAGAAGAGCAAUGUGGUAUCCUUAAAGGCCUACAAAGGGUUGGCUGAAGUGGCUGUGAAAAGCCUGUGUGAGCUGCUGGUGGCCCUGCCCCAUUUUAACUUUCACAACAACAUCAUUGUCCUGAUUGUCCCCUUGAUGAACGAUGGGUCAAAAUUGGUAUCUGAAAUGUGUUGUGAAGCAGUAAAGAAACUCUUUAAACAAGAUAAAUUAGGCCAAGCUUCUCUUGGUGUAAUUAAAGUGAUUUCUGGUUUUGUAAAGGGCAGAAAUUAUGAAGUUAGGCCAGAGAUGCUAAAAACAUUUUUAUGCCUGCGAAUCAAGGAAGUAGAAGUGAAAAAAGACACAGAGGACAUUAACAAACCAAAAAAGUUCAUGACUUUCAAGGAAAAGAGAAAAACUCUAUCAAGAAUGCAAAGAAAGUGGAAGAAAGCAGAGGAGAAACUGGAGCGGGAACUUCGGGAAGCUGAAGCUUCGGAGAGCACCGAGAGAAAGCUGAAGCUGCACACAGAGACUCUGAACAUAGUGUUUGUGACCUACUUCAGAAUAUUGAAGAAGGCCCAGAGGUCACCUCUUCUGCCAGCGGUUCUAGAAGGUCUUGCCAAGUUUGCACAUCUUAUAAAUGUGGAAUUUUUUGAUGAUUUAUUAGUGGUUCUUCAUACCCUCAUUGAGUCUGGUGACCUGAGUUAUCAAGAAAGUCUUCACUGUGUUCAAACUGCUUUUCAUAUUCUUUCUGGGCAAGGUGAUGUUCUAAAUAUCGACCCGAUGAAAUUCUAUACACAUCUCUACAAAACGUUGUUUAAAUUACAUGCAGGUGCUACCAACGAUGGUAUUGAGAUUGUACUCCACUGCCUUGAUGUCAUGCUAAGCAAGCGCAGAAAGCAGGUUUCUCAUCAGCGAGCUCUUGCCUUCAUCAAGCGCCUUUGUACGCUUGCUCUGCAGGUUCUUCCAAAUUCAAGCAUUGGCCUUUUAGCAACUACCAGAAUACUGAUGCAUACUUUUCCCAGAACGGAUCUGUUGCUUGAUAACGAGUCUCAGGGCAGUGGGGUGUUCCUGCCUGAGCUGGAGGAGCCAGAGUACUGUAACGCCCAGAACACCGCGUUGUGGGAGCUGCAUGCACUUCGGAGACAUUACCAUCCUGUUGUGCAAAGAUUUGCAGUUCACCUACUUGCUGGGGCACCGUCUGAAGGCUCCGAGGCCCUCAAGCCUGAGCUGAGCCGAAGAUCUGCAGUUGAACUUUUUGAGGCUUACAGCAUGGCAGCAAUGACAUUCAACCCUCCUGUUGAACCUUCAAACUCCAAAAAGAAGGAUAAACUUUUACAAGGGGACUCAUUUUUGAAUGAAGAUUUAAAUCAACUAAUCAAAAGAUAUUGCAAUGAAGUUACUACUGAGAUACCACUGGAUUUCACCAAAUGUUUGAAAACAUCUGUACAGUAGUACAAAGGUGAAGAGUCAGUGGACUGUCUUAUAUAUCUGUAUGUGUCUGUGCAGCUACACGAGGGCCUUUUUCUUUGUGUUGAAGGAAAACUUCCUAAGGAUGACUAUAGGAUGACUGAAGCAGAGCCCACAGAAGACACUGCUGUUGGUUUGCUGUUUAUGGCUUGCUUUUAUGUACAGCCCCGGCCAACUUGCUCAGGAGUGGCACUGUCCACUAUGGGCUGGGCCCUACCACAUUAGUCACUAAUUCUAUAAAUGCCCUACAGACAUGCCCACAGGCAAGUCUGAUGGAGGCAG